AGGCGAUUUUCUGCAUUCGUCAUGUCGGCCAUCGAUGAUGAUGAAUUGGACACAAUUGCCGAUGUUAUGGGUUUGCGAUCGCAGAGUCGUCUCGAUAAUUUCCGUGAAAUGUGGUAUCAUAUAUUUCUGUGGGCACUGUUUUCAUCGAUAUUUAUACACACAUGUGCCGCGCUGGUGGCGUUUGUAACGCUGCGUAAACAUAAAUUCGGUCGUUUCUUUUCAAUAUUAAUUUUGGUCAUGGGCUUCCUGUCGCCAGCAUUAAGUGGUAUAAUAAGCAGUGCGGUUAUAGCAUUUGUACAUCGUGCCUCUAGCCUGCCCAUGUCACCGAUAUAUGCAAUGGUAUGGGGCGUGGGACAGACAGUAGUUUCGGCGUGUUUGGGUUUUACACGCAUAUUGGCUACAUUGUAAAAAA